UGUGGGCUGUUACAUGAGCCCUGGAGGCUGCACCCCCAGCCCCGGGGGAACUGCAGUCCCACCCCGUCCCUGCAGAGAACCAGAGAACCGUGGCACCAUGAGCGGGGGCCAGAGGCCGCUGUUCCUUCUGCCACUGCUGGCUGUCUGCUUGGGGGCUGAGACCCGGAACCAGGAGGAGCGUCUGCUCGGGGACCUGAUGCAAGGCUACAACCCCCACCUGAGGCCUGCCGAGCACGAUUUGGACGUGGUCAACGUCAGCCUGAAGCUCACCCUCACCAACCUCAUCUCCCUGAAUGAGCGAGAGGAGGCCCUCACCACCAAUGUCUGGAUAGAAAUGCAGUGGUGUGACUACCGGCUUCGCUGGGACCCUCAAGACUACGGCGGCCUGUGGGUGCUGCGGGUUCCGUCCACCAUGGUGUGGCGGCCAGACAUCGUGCUGGAGAACAACGUGGACGGCGUGUUCGAGGUGGCCCUCUACUGCAACGUGCUCGUGUCUCCCGACGGCUGUGUGUACUGGCUGCCGCCGGCCAUCUUCCGCUCCUCCUGCCCCGUCUCUGUCACCUACUUCCCCUUCGACUGGCAGAACUGCUCCCUCAUCUUCCAGUCCCAGACCUACAGCACCAAUGAGAUCAAUUUGCAGCUGAGCCAGGAAGACGGUCAGACCAUCGAAUGGAUUUUCAUCGACCCCGAGGCCUUCACAGAAAACGGGGAGUGGGCCAUCCGGCACCGUCCAGCCAAGAUGCUGCUGGACGAGGCAGCCCCAGCCGAGGAGGCAGGCCACCAGAAAGUCGUCUUCUACCUGCUCAUCCAGCGCAAGCCCCUCUUCUACGUCAUCAACAUCAUCGCGCCCUGUGUCCUCAUCUCCUCCGUGGCCAUCCUUAUCUACUUCCUUCCUGCCAAGGCGGGGGGCCAGAAAUGUACCGUCGCCAUCAAUGUGCUCCUGGCCCAGACCGUCUUCCUCUUCCUCGUGGCCAAGAAGGUGCCCGAGACCUCCCAGGCAGUGCCACUCAUCAGCAAGUACCUGACCUUCCUCCUGGUGGUGACCAUCCUCAUUGUCGUGAACGCUGUGGUCGUACUCAACGUGUCUUUGAGGUCCCCCCACACACACUCCAUGGCCCGAGGGGUCCGCAAGGUGUUCCUGCAGCUCUUGCCCCAGCUGUUGCGGAUGCACGUUCGCCCACUGGCCCCAGUGGCCGUGCAGGAUGCCCGGCCCCAGCUACAGAAUGGAUCCUCCUCGGGGUGGCCAAUCACAGCUGGGGAGGAGGUAGCCCUCUGCCUGCCCCGCAGUGAACUCCUCUUCCAGCAGCGCCAGCGCAAUGGGCUGGUGAGGGCAGCGCUGGAGAAGCUUGAGAAAGGUCCAGAGUCAGGGCAGAGCCCUGAGUGGUGUGGCAGCCUGAAGCAGGCUGCCCCGGCCAUCCAGGCCUGCGUGGAGGCCUGCAACCUCAUUGCCCGUGCCCGGCACCAGCAGACUCACUUUGACAGUGGGAACGAGGAGUGGUUCCUGGUGGGCCGAGUGCUGGAUCGAGUCUGCUUCCUGGCCAUGCUCUCGCUCUUUGUCUGUGGCACUGCUGGCAUCUUCCUCAUGGCCCACUACAACCGAGUGCCCUCCCUGCCUUUUCCUGGGGACCCCCGCUCCUAUCUGCCCUCCUCUGACUGAGCUGACUGAUCGCUGCUAGCCACAUGGAGUCUUAUCAGCUGUGUUCUGCUCCUGAGGUCAUGAGUAUACUCUUCGGGAAACACUCUUGGGGGAUAUGUGAGAAAAGCUGGGGAAAUAAAGAGACAGAGCUGGAACCCC